UUUCUCCCCUGGUUUGCGCGAUGAGUUCUGUGUGAUAGCUUGCGGCGAGCUUGAGCUGUGCUGUUCUCGCUCCUGGGUCGCGCUUACCGUGUUGGCUUUUUGGGCUCGGCUCUGGUUCCGCGGUAGCUCCCGAUAGGACGAAAAAACAAACGGUUGCUAGCCUACUAGGCGAUCUGAACUCGCGAUGAUUGGAAAUGAUGAAUGAUCUUGCUGCGUGAUAUUCAUAGUGUCAAAAUCUACUGUUUUUGAAUUUCUCAGGAGAUGCAUCUAUUUGUCCUGCAUUAAAAAAAACAGGGCUCUGCCUUAUGGUUCUUAGGUUUUAUUUGAAGCAGAGCAAUUCAUAUUCAAAUUUGACCCUAAGUUUUUUGCAUCCUUUGUAUCUUCCCUGUUUACUUAUAUAUCCAUGGAGCAGCCUUUAUGUACGCACAAUCAAAUUGUGAAUUCUCCGAAUGCUAGGUAUUCUUUUUCUGUUACUGAUGUUUGGCAUAUUUCACUCUGGACUCCUGCAGUCCCGUAGGAUCCAUGGUUGAUUUGUUCCUUUGUAAAAACGAUAAACCAAACUGUAUGUAUGUUUAUAAGGUGUUAGGAGGUAGAAGCAUGAUUCUUUUGGUUUCACAAUCAUCACCAAUUGAAAUGUUAUUAUGUUCAUUUAUUGGUGGCAACUGCCCAACUACACAAAUGAGUUCGUGAGGCCUGCAAAGGAGUCAUGAAUAUGCAUGUCAGGCAGUAACAAAUUGACUUAGCCUCCCUCUCUGGAGGCCACAUUUUAAGAAUUGUGGGUAGCCUAUGAUGGCAGAUGGCAGCCCCAGAACAGAUACAUCAACAGAUGAUACUGACGAUAACCAUGGGCUUGAACCAGGCCAGGGUGCUCUUGUUGCUGUUUCAGACUCCAGUGACAGAUCCAAGGAUAAACAUGAAGAUCAUAAGACACUGCGGCGGCUUGCUCAAAAUCGCGAGGCUGCAAGAAAGAGUCGUUUGAGGAAAAAGGCAUAUGUUCAACAGUUGGAGAACAGCAGGCUAAAACUUACCCAACUAGAGCAGGAGUUGCAACGAGCCCGUCAACAGGGCAUUUUUAUAUCUGGCUCAGUUGAUCAGUCACACUCCAAGAGUGGAAAUGGGGCAUUGGCUUUUGACAUGGAGUACGCUCGGUGGUUGGAAGAACACAAUCGGCAAAUUAGUGAGCUAAGGGCUGGAGUUAGUGCCCAUGCCAGUGAUAAUGAUCUCCAUAGUGUUGUUGAAAAGAUCAUGUCACACUACAAUGAGAUUUUCAGGCUGAAAGGAAAUGCAGCCAAGGCAGAUGUCUUUCAUGUCUUAUCGGGCAUGUGGAAGACACCAGCGGAAAGGUGUUUCUUGUGGCUGGGAGGUUUCCGACCAUCUGAGGUUUUAAAGCUUCUUUCGACACAGCUUGAACCUCUCGCUGAGCAACAGCUGUCAGGGAUAGGCAACCUUCAGCAGUCUUCACAGCAGGCUGAGGAUGCUCUUUCACAAGGAAUGGAAGCCCUUCAGCAGUCCUUGGCAGAAACCUUGGCUGGGUCACUUUCCUCUUCUGGAUCAACAGGAAAUGUGGCAAACUACAUGGGUCAAAUGGCCAUGGCCAUGGGAAAGCUUGGAACUCUUGAAAAUUUCCUUCGUCAGGCUGACAACCUGCGGCUGCAGACCCUACAACAGUUGCAAAGGAUCCUGACCACUAGGCAGGCUGCUCGGGCUUUUCUUGUGAUAAGUGAUUACUCUUCACGACUCCGUGCCCUGAGUUCUCUCUGGCUUGCCCGACCGAAGGAAUAGCGAGCACAUGUGAUUUGACUGCAAUACUUUUCACAGUUUGGGAUCCGAUGGUUAUCUUAUCAGGAAGGUUUGACAGGACUGCAACAGACUUGAUUCGGAGAUAUCUGCACAUACUACAAUCGAAAGGGUUGCUGUGUUGAUGUAGCUUAGCCAUAUAGUUAAGUGCGUUAGUUCCUGGUUCAUGUUGUAUUAUCUAGUGCUGUAAUAUUGUUGUUUCCUUCUGUUCUUCAUUACCCAUGGGUCUUUAUGCUCCUGAUUUGCAGAGAAUCAUUGGAAUGCACAUUGACAUCGAUCAAUUCUCCUGAGAACAUUUGACAUGUUGUAAAAAACUAUCCAGCAAUAAUCCAACCAACGAUAUAUGACCAA